AUGGUGGGUGAACAAAGGGACACGUUUGUGGUGGAGUACUUCGAUCCACAAGCGAGCCUCUCUCGAACAUACCAGUUUUGCUACUUUACGGACGACAAAACGAUAGAGAUGUACAACCUCAAGACGAAGCGCUUGUUUUUGAAGCGCUGCGCGUAUCCGUCACUGAGCCCGAACGAGCUUUACGUGGGGGCGACGAUUAACGUCUUUUCCCGUCCCCUUCGCAUUGUCGACUAUGGCGACGACGCAACGCGCAAGCGGCUUACCGCGAACUCGGGUGAGUGCAUGAUUACUGUUGACAUGCAGCACCAUAGCGCGGCAGCGGGCUCCGUGAUUGAGGGCCUGACAACGCAAGGCCUGCGGAUUACGUUCAUCCGCUUAGUAGAGCUUUCGCAGAGCCUCGCUACCCGAGUUGCAUCAAAGGCGCAGCGGUGCCUAGUUGUGCUUGCGAGCGGCGCCGGAGCCCGUGAAAAGGUGGCCUCGGUGGCGGCCUCCUUUUCCACUGCCGUGACGCAGAUUUCGAGCGAGAGUGCUGUGCAGGAGCUGAAGGAGGCAGUCAUGGGGCCAGGCGAGUCCCCAGCGGCGCUGAAGAACUGCGCCGUGUGCGUCAUCAAGCCACACGCGAUCACUAGCGGCUAUCAAGGUCCCAUUCUUCAUCGCUUGGUUGAGGAGGGGUUUUACAUUAGUGCCCUUGGUUCUUACCAGCUGACAGUGGCAGAUGCUGAGGACUUUUUAGAGGUUUACAACGGAGUUCUUCCGGAGUACAAGAAGCUGGUGGAGCAGAUGUCGUCCGGCCCGUGCUGGGCCAUUGAGGUUUGCGCCGAGAACGCCGUGCCGGCGCUGCGGGCGGUGUGUGGCCCGCAUGACCCAGAAGUGUGCCACGUUCUUUUCCCUCACACGCUCCGCUCCAUGUACGGCGUGGACCGCAUCCGGAACGCUGUCCAUUGUACCGACCUGGAAGAGGAUGGGCCCCUUGAAUCAGAGUUCUUCUUUUCUUUGCUGCAGAACAAGCAGUGA